GUUCCGGGCGCCCCGACACGACCGGGCACGGACUCAACGCGCCGGGGCUGGCUCGGCAGCAGCGGCACAGACGGCAUGGAGCCCGCACGGACCAUGGCAGAGCUCAUCAGCACCUCCGCCGACGCCUACCUGCGUGGGGGCAGCAUGGCACGGCGCCCGCGGAGCAGCCGGGCCUGGCGCUUCGUCCUGAGCGGGGUGCGGCGCGAGGCCGACGGCCGGGCCAGCGCGCGGGGCUGGGGCUACGACUCCGACGGCCAGCAGCACAGCGACUCGGAUUCGGAGCCAGAGUUCUCCUCCCUGUCUCCCUCCAUCCCAAGUGCCAUCCCUGUGACUGGAGAGUCCUACUGCAACUGUGAGAACCAGAGUGAAGCUCCCUACUGCUCCAGCCUGCACGCCCUGCACCGCGUCCGCGACUGCCGCUGCGGCGAGGAGGACGAGUAUUUUGACUGGGUGUGGGAUGACCUGAACAAGUCAACAGCCACGCUGCUGACGUGUGACAACCGCAAGGUGAACUUCCACAUGGAGUACAGCUGUGGCACGGCCGCCAUCCGUGGCAACAAGGAGCUGGCAGAGGGCCAGCACUUCUGGGAGAUCAAGAUGACCUCCCCGGUGUAUGGCACUGACAUGAUGGUGGGGAUUGGGACGUCGGACGUGAACCUGGACAAGUACCGCCACACCUUCUGCAGCCUGCUGGGCAAGGACGAGGACAGCUGGGGACUCUCCUACACAGGACUGCUGCACCACAAAGGGGACAAAACGAACUUCUCCUCGAGGUUUGGCCAAGGCUCCAUUAUUGGGGUGCAUUUGGACACGUGGCACGGAACACUCACGUUCUUCAAGAACCGCAAGUGCAUAGGGGUGGCAGCCACAAAGCUGCAGAACAAGAAGUUUUACCCCAUGGUGUGCUCGACGGCGGCCAAGAGCAGCAUGAAGGUGAUCCGGUCCUGCGCCAGCCGCACGUCCCUGCAGUACCUGUGCUGCUUCCGCCUGCGCCAGCUCCUGCCCGACUACGUGGACACGCUGGAGGUGCUGCCCCUGCCCCCAGGACUCAAGCAGGUGCUGCACAACAAACUGGGCUGGGUCUUGAGCAUGAACUAUAGCACGUCAAAGCCUUCCUCCUCCUCAUCCUCGGGGAGCGACUCGGACAGCUCGUGCGGCUCGGAUGCGGAGGCCUGCCAAAGGAAGAGGUGCAGGAGGACAUAAUGGCUCUGCACAGCACGUGGGUGAGGUUUGUUGUGUUGUCUGCAAGGGCCAGUCAAGCCUGAUGCACCUCUUCCUUCUGGGGACAUCCAUUUCUACCUGUUGGCAAAGAUUCUCCAGCGCUGUGCAAAUCGUUGGCCUUGACAUCCAUCACAGACAUUUAGAAGAGCUGCUGGCUCCAAGAGAUGCCAGUUCUGACACAAGAAAUUUGUGGUGAAAUAUCUGAGCUUCAUCUCCUGACUUGCUGUGGAAGCCAGCCCCUCUUCCCAAAGGAUCUCUCUUCUCCCUGUUGGCACAGGCAAUGUUUAAGAAACUGGACUUGAUGACAGGAGUUGGACUUGAUAAUCUUCAUGGCUCCCUUCCAGCUCAGGAUGGUCAGGCAGUCUCCUGGUUGGAGUGUGCUGGAUUCCAGUCAGAUACUGGACCUGACUCACUGAGACACAAUCCCAGGCCCAUCCUCUCCUCUCUGUGUGUGUAGGUUUGGUGUCUGCCAUCACCUCGUCCCGCUCUGGGGCACGAUGGAGCAGCAGCUGCAGGGAAAGGGCUCCCAGAGACCCUGCUGGGAGCAGGUCCAGGAGCUGAGCUGUGGCUGGUGUUCCUCGAGCCCCUGGGGACUUUUAAUUGCUUUGCAUGUUGGUUUCUGCUGCUUCUCCUCUGUCCAAGACUGUGUUAAACUGUAAUAAUAAAUGUAGAAGCUGUC